UAUUGUCGUUGUAAAAACCGACGUUUGUGAUAAUAUAAACUACAGUGCAGAAUAGUACAGUAUUAUUAAAAUUGCUUGUGAAAUACCUACCUUUAUUACGUAGACAGAGAAUCCUACUUUAUUGCGACUUUGCGAGUAACUUAUCUAUUGUUUCUAUCACGUCUGUCAGUGUCAGGUCAGACUGUCAUUCAUUUGUAAUGUUGACGGUUGGAAGGCUGGACGCUUGACGCUAGACGUAAAUAAACACAAACUGUUUGAUAACAAUGAUGUGGUUGUCGUAAUAUUUAUUUUAUGAAUUGACUGAGUGCCUGUUAGUGCCGUAUUUAUAGUGUUUCUCUGAGUGAACAAACUAAUUAAUAUUUGGCUAAAUAGCUAGAUGAAACAUGAAACCGACGAAAAAAACUGAGUCACAAUUUGUGUGCAAACCCCUAGACAGUUACAGAGAAAUAUUGCUGUUUUUGGAAAACCCACCGCCUUGGCGAACCUUGUGUCAAGAAAUGACGCCACACAGUGACUAUUUAAUACGAAAUAUAGAGAUUAAUAAUAAAGAUUCUUGGUCCCUUGAGCGACCGGAAAUAUUCUGUCAUUUCGACCCAGACUUAGAUGAUGUGAAACGAUACGAAUCUAAAAGUUUGCCAAAAACUUUAGUAUGCCAUGAUAUGGCCAAUGGAUAUCACGAUGACUGUGUGAUAGAGGGCACAAAUAAAUUUGAUGCAUACACAUUCUACAACUGGGCAGGCAUUGACAUAUUCUGCUACUUCAGCCACCACCUGAUUACAAUACCUCCGGUGGGAUGGAUCAACGUGGGCCAUGCACAUGGUGUCAAAGUCAUUGGCACCAUCAUCACGGAGUGGGGAGAUGGUAUCACAUUUUGGGACGAAGUGUUGUCUUCAGAGACAAAGUACCAGGAUAUGGCCAGUGCCCUCGUUGCUAUUGCCAAAACCCUUAAGUUUGAUGGGUACCUUCUAAAUGUUGAAAACAAGGUCUCGCAACCGGACACGCUGCUGCAGUUCGUGAAGUACUUGCACCGCAUGUUGCACGCCGAGCUGCCGCACGCCACGCUGCUGUGGUACGACAGCGUCACCGUCUCCGGGACACUCAACUGGCAGAACAAACUUAACGAGAAGAAUAUGGCAUUCUUCGAGGCGUGCGACGGACUGUUCACGAACUACUCGUGGACGAAGGAGGACGUGGCGGCGAGCGUGGCGGCGGCCGGCAGCCGCGUCACCGACCUCUACAUCGGCAUCGACGUCUGGGGACGGAACUUCUUCGGCGGCGGACAGUUUAACACGCAGGAGGCCGUGAAAGUGGUGCACGCGGCGGGCUGCUCGCUGGCGGUGUUCGCGCCGGCCUGGACGCACGAGGCGCUGGGCGCCGAGCACGCCAGCGCCGAGCAGGCGGCCGCCCAGCAGGCGUCCAGCCAGCAGGCGGGCGCCCAGCAUGCAGGCGCCCAGCAGGCAGGCGCCCAGCAGCCGCCCGCGCAGGCGGCGGGCGCAGCCCACGGACCCCGGCCGCGUGGCCAUGGGCGAGGACAUGGAGCUGUACGCCAAGGUGGAGCUGCGCGAGCGCGCGCUGUGGGGCAGCCUGUGGCCGUUCCUCAACACGCGCGUGCCCAACCAGCUGCCCUUCCAGACCUCCUUCUGCAGGGGACUGGGGAAGAAGCGCUACUUGUAUGGCGAGGUGCUGAGCCCCUCGCCGUGGUACAACCUGCGCCACCAGCAGUACCAGCCCAACGCCGCGCACGGCCCGCACGGGUACAUACUGACCCCGCUCGAGAACCUGGCGCACGUCCACCACGCGGUGCAGUACAAGGACAAGAAGGGCAUCAUCCGCAUCCGCAACUCGUUCCAGCAGAGCCGGCACUCGCUGCACGCCAUCAAGGACACGCAGCCCGCCGCCAGCGCCAGCCGCGACGACGUCGACGGCGCCGCGCCCUCCGACACCGACUCCCGGCAGAGCAGGGCGCUGGCGUCCUUGAAGAAUAUGUUCCGGCCGAGAACCUUGCCGAUAGCCAGCGACGAAGGCGGCAGCCCCACGGCCAGCCGCGCCGCGGACGCGCAGCCGGACGCGGGGCCCGCCGACACCAACGCGCUGUCCAUGCUCACCACGUCCGUGAACCUGCGCCUGGGCGCGGCCGACAAGCUGCGCUACGGGCUGGCGCGCGUGCGCGGCGAGCAGCCGUGCCUGGAGCUGUACCUGCGCGACGCCUUCUCGGGCGGCGCGUGCCUGCGCGUCAACCCGUCCGACGAGCUGUGCGCCGAGCACCGCGUGACGCGCCUGCUGCACUGCGACUGGGCGUGCGACGCCGCGCUCAUCUUCUGCGUGGUCACCAAGCGGCUGGCCGCCUUCCCCGACCAGAGCCUCAACGUGAAGCUGUACAUGAAGAACGCGGGCGGCCAGGACCUGGUGGUGGUGCUGACGGGGCGCGAGGUGGCGGCGGGCGGCGCGCUGGGCGCGGGCGCGGCGGGCCUGCACCACGUGUACCCGCUGCCCACGGCCAGCGAGGCCGUGCUGCGCCGCCUGCGCACCUACCUGCUGCUGCAGCAGCCCGGCUUCUACGUGCCCAUCGACAACCUGUUCGGCUGGACCGUGCGGUACUACGAGGUGGAGGUGCCGGGCGCGCGCGUGACGUCGGUGAACCUGCGCACCGCCAUGGAGCAGGGCGGCAUCCUGCUGGGACACUUCGCGGUCUGUCGCAAGCUGAACGCCGAAGGCAGUAGCAACGGCGCAUAGGACGGCGCGGACGGCGCGGACGGCGCGGCUCAUCAAGACACGCGCAUUUCUGACAACUUGCAUGCUACUUAUAGUAACCCAAUAUUUUACGUACUUACAUGUUACACGCGGACGCGGUGUAUAAGUAUAUCAAUUAUACAACGAUAUAAUAAAUAUAUGUUAAUCAUUAUAUUUUAUCCAAACUGUACAAUUAAAUACUUUUCAAUACAAACAA